AAGAGAGGGAGAGCGCGACAGAGCGAGUAUUUACGGUUCUUGGCUGCUGGAGGAUGAACCUAAUCUCUUCCACUCUUUGUGCAGCAAAGAAAAACAUUCAGCCACAUAAUUUAACCAGACCCGGGUUCUUUUUGGACGCUGUUUUCAAGCUUCAGAACUAACUUGUCACUUCAUAACUUGAAGGAACAAAGAGUGCUGCUCCGUGACCCUUCUGACCCCGUGACGCCGACUCUUCCAUCAUGUCUUCUGAAGCCACGUCCAUCCAGGAGUCUCGACCUGUGACCCCUCCAAUGGCCUCCCCAAAAUCUCCAAGUUCACCAGAGUCUCUGCAUCUUCCAACCACCAAGUUCAGACAACGCUCACCUUCCCCAAUGAGAGACUUUCUCAUCCCCAGCCCUCUGCCCACACGCAGGAACAGGACCAACUCGGCGUCGGUCCGGGCAGCAGAGGGCCCCGUGUUUAAUGGAGUGUGUAAAUGUUUCUCCCGCUCCAAAGGCCACGGCUUCAUCACACCUUCAGACGGAGGCAACGACAUCUUCGUCCACAUCUCAGAUGUUGAGGGCGAGUACGUCCCGGUGGAAGGAGACGAGGUGACCUACAAGGUCUGCGCCAUUCCUCCCAAACACGAGAAGGUCCAGGCGGUGGAGGUGAACAUCACCCACCUCAAACCAGGCAGCAAGCAUGAGACCUGGGGGGGGCACGUCAUCACCAGCUGAGCGUGCGGACCCUCACCAUGGAGACGGGGGGCGGGAGGAUUUUAAAGGUGUGAGUGGAGGAUACUGUGGGUGAAUCAGGUUAAGUCCCAGCUGUCUCAUCUUCUUCUCACUGAAGUGUGAGCCGCUGCCCGUCGGCUCCGUCUGGACAGAACUCGCUUUUCUUUCAUUGGAUCUGAAACCUCAAGCGGAGCUGAACCCACGGCUCUCGUUAUUCCUGUUGAACCUCACAGAGAAGCGUUCGGAAGUGUUUGGAAUCAUAAAACACUCAAAGAAUGUCGGAGUGUUUCCACUGAUCUGACAGAAGCAUAAAUCCAUAAUCAUGUCAUGUUUGGGUGAAAUAAAAAACUUUCAACAA